AUGGCUCCAACAGUAACCAGCCCCAAACAGCCCAUUGCUGUUCGCCUUGAACAUAUUGCCCCCAGGUCCAUGUCUCUUCGGGUCAAACAGCAUAGCUUGAGUUGGUCUGGCGGUGAUUUUACGAUCUCAGAAUGGUCAAAUGACGAGAACGGUUCUUCUGGAAACCCAAAGACGCUGUUCACCGUCAAUGGCAAAAUCGCAUCUUUGACCCAGCGACACCAGUUUCUAGAUAAAACCGGUCUUCCGCUCUUCGACAUCACACGGAAUUUAGCUGGCGUGACAUGGUUUGUUAAGCUUCCUGGUGGUAGUUUAUCUUGUGAGCCAAUCGUUACGAUUGCACCUCGAUGGAGCUAUUUCAAGGACAAAUUCGAUGUCUAUGUUGCAAAUGCUGCCAUGGACGGGAAGGAGGUUGUGAUUGAAGCACGUGGGCAAGACAUCUGGAAACUGAGAACGAAUUUCUACGUCAAUGGUACCUUGGUGAUGACAUCGAAAAGAACAGAUAAGCUUACGACAUAUAUUCCUGGGAAACGACCUGAAUGGCGAAUGGAUGUUGCGGAAGGCAUGGAUCUAGCCCUGGCAUCAGUAUUGUGUGUCUAUCUAGCCGAGAUCUUGUUUAAUAACAGUAUGCCAUCUUCGCAUCACUCUGUUAAUGGCACUCAGGGGUCAUCAAGUGAACCAUUCAAGUCUGAAUCAAAGACUGCUAUCCCUUGA